AGGCAUUGCAUAGAAAAUAUGAGAUGUAUAUAUCCUGCAUGCAUUCACCAGUCUGACGCUUUACUGUGGACAUUUGAAGCAGCUUUGACGAUGACAAAUCAAUCACGAAAAACAGUCGACGGGCACCUCCCACUUUGUGAAUCAAGAUGCUUGUUUCGAUAAUCAGUUAUUAGCUAGACAUUUUAUCGCGUAGGUAUAAUAAAGUUUCCGUUACGUUAUUGUUAGUUGCUGUUUUGCCAUCAGUGUUCAAUCCCGACGCUUUACGCACGAUUUCAGACCACUGUUCUCGGCCGCUUCGUUACUUAACCAGUAUACUGGCACUAUACUAUACUAGCACCACUGGGUGGAACAGGUGGUUUGAGACUCACUCUCCUGUGACUCUUUGGAAAUGACCGAGGGGAAAGGUAUGGAGACGCAUGUAAAGCAGCCCAGCUGUGAGAGGUCAGAUCUCAGUAGAAGAGCUCUUCUAUAGGGGCUUAUUCGGAUCAGGGAUGGUAGUCUAACUUAACUCUGCAGCCAUACUCUGGGUCUAAAUCCUCUUAGGGGAGGAAACAAUUGUUAAAGGAUAGCAUGAUGAGAGGACCAUGGAGCGUGUGAAGAUGUCUGUAAAGGCCGCCAGAACAUGGUGCAUUAGACUGAUUCCCUUCGUGCUCUGUUUAAUCUGCUACUACUGCUCCCAGUUCUACCUUCAAAGUUACGGAGGCCCUAGUAAGUCUGUGUCACCUACCAAAUCUCAUUGUGACAGCUGGCUCACACAGAAGAAAUGGGAGAGCCUUAAUUUCAACAUUAGCAGAAAAACCCAGCUCUUUUUAAAGCUGGAAGAUUUCUUCUGGAGAGAACAUCUGUCAGCUUUGUCUUUGCCCUACGGUAUAAAAGGCAGUGAGCUGCUGCUACUGAAGGUCUUGGCAGUCAUCGCUAACUAUGCCAUGCCUGAGAGCAUAGAAAAGCUAGAAUGCAGAAGUUGUGCAGUUGUAGGAAAUGGUUUUAGCAUCAAAAACAGCUCCCUGGGAUCCGCCAUAAACAAGUAUGACGUCGUCAUCAGGUUAAAUAAUGCCCCAGUCAGAGGUUACGAGCAGGACGUAGGAAAUAAGACAACAAUGCGUCUCUUCUAUCCGGAAUCAGCCUCGUACAACCCUGACACUCACAACGACCCAGAUACCCUGAUGGUUCUAGUGCCUUUUAAACAGCAAGACCUGCGCUGGCUUAAAGAAAUCCUAUAUGAUGAAAAGAGGGUCAGGAAGGGCUUCUGGAAGCCUCCGCCACAGAUCUGGUUGGGCAGGCCCAGCCAAAUCCGAAUACUGGACCCAUACUUUCUCCAGCUGACUGCCAGCAAGCUGCUCCAAAUCCCCUUAGAACCAAAAAACAAACAGAGACCUGUUCAUCCCACUACAGGUAUUUUGGCUGUGUUCAUGGCCCUGAACUACUGUGACGUGGUUCACCUUGCCGGCUUUGGAUACCCAGAGUCCAAAAACCAGAAACAGCCAAUCCACUAUUACGGAUAUGAUACUAUGAAAUCCAUGAAGGAUUCCUACCAUGAUCUUAAUCACGAGGCUGAAGCGCUGAAGGGUCUGGAGGAUUUAGGAGUCAUUACGUACCUUCAUCCACAUUCCUGACACAAACACACACAUACACAUAUUCUCACACACUCAAACGCCAGUACAUAAGCAUGAUCUUUUGCACAUAUACACAGACACACGUAUAAACGCACAUGCGGAAACACAGCUCAUGCUAACUGUCUUCGUUCUGUCUGACAACAGAUCUUGCUACUCUCUAUACAUUCACACACGUAGCCAAGUGAUUUCCAUAAUCUGUGUCUGCUCUCAGCCUUUUAUUUUGGCAAAUUUUUGAUGACUUUUAUUUUUAAAUAAAUAAAUUCUGUAAAUUUUACCACUGGAUAUUGUAUGCUAUGAAUUGAUGACAGAAUUUGUAAUAAAAUGAA